AUGGCUGAUGGAAUUAUGAAGAAGUUGAAUGAAGAUGUGGUAAUUUAUAUACUUUUAAGACUCGCGGUGAAAUCCCUCCUGCGAUUCAAUUGCAUCUCAAAAACUUGUUACUUUCUCAUUAAAUCCUCUACUUUUGUCUAUCUUUAUCUCAACCGCACAACAACUUCCAAAGACGAAUUUAUUCUUUUCAAGCAUUGCUUCGAAUAUGAAAGAAAUAUGCAUAAAACUAUAUUGUCUUUUCUUUCUGGUGAUGAUGAUUAUUUUAACCCAAUUAUUCAAGAUCUAGAUGUCACUCAUUUGAAAACCAAUAAUAAUUAUAGCAUUGACCAAUUCAUUGGUCCUUGUAACGGUUUGAUUGCUAUGAUGGACUCUGUUACCACCAUCUUAAUUAAUCCAUCUACGAGAAAUUAUAGACUUCUCCCACCCGACCAGUUUAUUGGUUGUCAAGAAGAUCACUAUCGUUCCAUCCAAAAUGUUGGUUUUGGAUAUGACUCUAUCGCGAAUGACUAUAAAGUUAUUAGAAUUUCAAAAAUAUAUAUGACAGAUCGUGAUGAUUAUCCAGAAGAGAUGGAUAGAAUAGUUGAUAUCUACGAUCUGAGUGUUGAUUGUUGGAGAAAAUUAGAUCGUGAUGUGGUUCAACAAUUGAGCACGUUUUAUUGUGCCUCUAGUUCGCAAAUGUUUUAUAGGGGAAUUUGUCAUUGGUUUGCAUCUCAAUACAUAGAAGGAGAGAUUGAUGAAUACUUAAUUCUCUGUUUUGAAAUGAGCACCGAAAUAUUCCAUAGUUUAAAAAUUCCAGAACCUUGUUAUUUAAUGUAUGGACCGAGUUGUAAACUCAUGUUAUUACAGGACUCUUUAGCAUUGAUUUAUCAUCCAUAUUCGGAGCCCGUGAUUCCUGAUGAAAAGGAUUUGAUAAAUAUUUGGAUAAUGAAGGAUUACAAUGUAUAUGAGUCUUGGACUAAGAAAUACACAAUUAGGGGUCAUCAAAUUGGUUUCCCAUUAGCAAUUUGGAUGGGUUAUUUGUUUCUUUAUCAGAGUGGAAGUGGAAGUAUGAUGUCCUAUAACCUUAAUUCCAAUGUGGUAAAGGAAUUAAGUUUUCAUGGUGUUCCUAAAAGUUUCAGAGUUAUAGGUUACAAGGAUAGCUUGACUUCAAUUCCAAGAGAGAAUGAGCACACUACACACGUUCAGAAAUUUUAG